AUGCUUGAAAUUAAGCUCGAACUUGAGCUUAAGCUUGAGCCUGAGCCUAAAGUUGAGCUUGAGCACAAACUUAAACCAGAGACUAACCCUGAGACUGAGCUUGUACCUAAGCCUAAGGCUAAGCUUGAAUCUGCGCUUGAGCCUAAGCCUGAGCCUGAGCUUGAUCCUGAGCUUGAGCCUGAGCCUGAGCCUGAGCCUGUGUUGGACCGCACUUGGGUCGCCAACGUUCUCAGAACUUUUAUGCAAAUUACGAGCACUUUCCCCCUCUUCGCAAGAGAAUGCGAAUCAAUCAGAACCUCAAUCCCCGGACUCAGAGAUCGGUCGGUUCUACCGUGCUCAUCAACCGCGCAACAACCGGCCAUAUUAUACUGUUCCAUUGAAUAA